AUGGAUUCACACGGUAGCAACUCCAUCUUCGUCGAUGCCGACGAGCUUCGCACCAACUUUGCCAGCGCGAUGUCGGCCAUGUACCGAAAGGAAGUUCCUCUAUAUGGCGACCUCGUCAAUAUUGUCCGAGACGUCAACACUUUGAUUCUGCAGAAGCGACAAGCUUCUGACGCCUCGACGACAUCUGCUGCGAUUCGCACCAGCUCCGAGCGACUUACCCUCGAACGUCAUGGCGCUAUUCGCCUUGGCACCCCCUACGAGCUCCAGACAGUGACGCGUAUAUUUAAAAUCCUAGGGAUGCAUCCAGUCGGCUACUAUGACCUUUCUCUGGCAGGUUUGCCGAUGCAUGCCACCUGCUUUCGUCCGACAGAGGUCUCCAGUCUGGAUAAAAAUCCUUUCCGUGUCUUCACAACACUGUUGCGGCCCGAAUUGCUGGCUUCGGAGGAAGCCCGGAAGCUAUCUUUGACCUUACUUGGAGGGAGAAAGAUUUUUACGGACAAGCUUCUGGGGCUCCUCGACAGGGCGGAGUCACAAGGUGGCCGACUCGACAAGUAUCAGGCCGAAGUGUUCAUUCCCCAGGCGUUAUUUACAUUCAGCUGGAAGCCUAUUGCUGCGGCUACCUUCAGCCAAUACAACCUGAUCAAGGCGGAGCACCCCAUCUUGGCCGACAUCGCUUGCUUCCAAAGCUCCCACAUCAACCAUCUCACCCCACGCACGCUAGACAUCGAUGCUGUCCAAGAGGCCAUGCAGAGAGCUGACAUGGCUGUCAAGUCACGCAUCGAGGGGCCGCCACUACGCAAGUGCCCGAUCCUGCUGAGGCAAACAAGUUUUCUUGCACUUGAAGAAGCAGUCAAGUUUCCUACCGACGGAGGCAAAACCGAGGAGGCCCUGGUGGAGGCAAGCCACAAGGCCCGCUUUGGUGAAAUCGAGGAGCGGGGUGCAGCUGUGACGGCGAAAGGAAGGGAGCUCUACGACAGACUGUUGAGCGAGAGCCGGGAGAUGGCGGGAGAUGCGAACCCGAAAGAGGCAGACGCCAUUGUGGCCGACACCUUCAGGGCGUACCCCGAUGAUUGGGUCCAGUUGAGGAGACAAGGGCUGAUCUUCUGCGAGUUUCGAUGUGUGAAGAAACCGGCCGAAAAGCCCAAGAAGGAGUAUACCAAUGUGACAUUGCUUGAGCAGCUCAUCUUGGAUGGCGUCGUCCAGGCAUCCCCCAUUACCUACGAGGACUUCCUCCCGUUCUCUGCAGCGGGCAUCUUCCAAUCGAACCUGAAGAACAGGACGGGAGAGGAUUCAUCGCUGGACCUGAAGCCACCAUCGUCGGAUAGGGAAGGGCUCGAGGAGGCUAUCCAAACGAAGCUUCUUAAUGCUGACGAUUGGUAUGCUUAA